AGGAGAAACAAUUAAUUUUCCAAAUUUAGGGGUUUCUUCUUGCUUGCUUCUGAAGUAAAACCUAUCUAGCCUUUUUUUCUGCAUAAAAGGAGGAAGGAACAAGCAACAAAUUAAUCAGACAGGAAGUGAAUAACCACAGAAGGAUGUCUGCCUCUGACUCAGUGUGUCACAUUUAACGAGAGGCCAGAGCUUGUCCAAAACGGCUGUCCAAAAACGACCCCACGUUUGCGUUAGAAGAUGAUGCCUUUCUCAGGGACGGUUUUCUCUCUCAUAUCUUACUUGCUCCCUGUCUGCCUGUGUCCCUGAUCAUGCCUUCCUGCAGUAUCCUUUAACGGGCUGCCAUAUCAAAGUACCACAGACUGGGUGGCUCGAACAGCAGAAUUUUGUUAUCUCACAUUUCUGGAGGUCGGAAGUCAAAGAUCAAGGUGUCGAUUUGUCAGCCAGACUGCUGAAAACGUAACUAUCCAGGAUGCCCGUACCGCCCCCUCCAGCACCCCCGCCACCGCCCACGUUUUCUCUGGCCAAUACAGAAAAGCCUACCUUGAGUAAGUCAGAGCAGGCUGGGAGAAAUGCUCUUCUCUCUGACAUCAACAAAGGGAAGAAACUAAAGAAGACAGUCACCAAUGACAGAAGUGCACCGAUAUUGGACAAACCUAAAGGAGCUGGUGGUGGUGGCGGAGGCGGCAGUGGGAGUUUUGGAGGGGGUGGACCACCCGGUUUGGGAGGACUGUUCCAGGCUGGGAUGCCAAAGCUGAGAUCCACAGCCAACAGGGAGAGUGAUUCUGGAGGGAGCCGACCCCCGAUUUUGCCACCAGGAGGAAGACCCACAUCUGCCAAACCUUUCUCGCCCCCAAGUGGCCCAGGGAGGUUCCCUGUGCCUUCUCCAGGCCACAGAAGCGGACCUCCAGAACCUCAGAGGAACCGAAUGCCUCCCCCGAGGCCCGACGUGGGCGCGAAGCCUGAUAACAUUCCGCCUCCAGUGCCUAAUACUCCAAGACCCGUUCAGUCAAGUCUGCACAACCGGGGGUCCACCCUAGUGCCCGGGGCCCCCAGGCAGCCCAGCCCCGGGCCGACUCCUCCCCCUCUCCCCGGAAACCGAGGGGCUGCUUUCGGGGGAGGCUCCACCCGCCAGACCCCGUCAGGCUCCUCCUCGCCCUUCUCCAACCGGCCUCCCCUCCCCCCUACCCCGAGCAGGGCCUUGGAUGACAAACCCCCUCCUCCGCCCCCUCCAGUGGGCAGCAGGCCCUCCGUCCACAGGGAGGCCGUCCCCCCGCCUCCCCCUCAGAACAGCAAGCCCCCGGUGCCCUCCACCCCGCGGCCUUCCCCCUCCGCGCAGGCCCCGCCCCCGCCCCCCAGCCGGCCAGGCCCUCCCCCAGUGCCCCCAGGGUCCAGUGGCGGGGGCGGCGGCGACGAAAUCCCGAGGCUCCCACAGCGGAACCUGUCCCUCUCGUCGUCCUCGUCGUCGUCAUCAUCUGCGCCUCCCUUACCUUCACCUGGGCGGUCGGGACCUCUUCCUCCCCCGCCCAGCGAGAGACCCCCUCCUCCAGUGAGGGACCCACCGGGCAGAUCAGGCCCUCUCCCACCACCUCCUCCAAUGAACAGAAAUGGCAGCACAUCUCGGGCCCUGCCUGCCACCCCUCAGUUGCCAUCCAGGAGUGGAACAGACAGUCCCAGAAGUGGGCCCCGGCCUCCUCUUCCUCCCGACAGGCCUGGCACUGGGGUGCCUCCCCCACCUCCACCAUCGACAUCAAUUAGAAACGGCUUCCAAGACUCUUCAUGUGAAGAUGAGUGGGAAAGCAGAUUCUUCUUCCAUCCGAUUUCUGAUUUGCCACCUCCAGAGCCAUAUGUACCAACAACCAAAAGUUAUCCCAGUAAAUUGGCAAGAAAUGAAAGCCGGAGUGGAUCCAACCGAAGAGAAAGGGGUGCCCCACCCCUUCCUCCUAUCCCGAGGUGAUCCUUGCCUGCUCUUCUCCACCCAAGCCCAAGAGCUCCUUCUGCUGUUGCUGUCCAAGUCGCACACCCUCCUUCUCUUGUCUUCCCUUGUCCCCUUCAUGAUGGCAAUAGGGAAGAAGGGAGGUGAUGUGGGAAUGCAUGUGUGCAGGGUGUGUAUGCAGUAAAGAAAUGCACCUCGCUUUUUAUAUUGUGUAUAUUCUUAAAGCUAUUGCUUGCUUCAGCUAUAGCCUGUUGGCUGCUUUGGGGAUCAGUAUAGGCUUUUGUGGCAAGUAGGCAGCAAUGAAUUG